UUUCUGUAGUUAAGAGUCUCUCACCUUGGAUGUGCUUUUUUGACCUCCUCUUCUCUCUCCCUCCAUCCAAAAGAAGCUCUUUCUCUCUCCUCUCUCUGAACCUUCUGUCCUCUUCAAACCGCCGGAGCAAAACCCAAAACAAAAAAAAUGGUCUGAACGCAGAAAGAAACUUACUCCACAUUGAAAGGAAACGCAGCUGAGUAGCCCAAAUGAGUAUCUGGAUCUCUGGUUCUUCUGAUUCAAGAAAGGAGCAUACUUUUGUCUAGUGAAAGAGAGUUACUUCACUGAGAUUUUAGAAAUUAUAAAGUUUUGAUUUUUAUUGUGUCUUGUUGUGUAAUGGAGGGUAAUGAUGACCAAAACCUGAAGGCUAUUAAUGCUUCAGUAGGAAGAUUGGUCUGGGUUCGUCUCCGUAACGGUUCUUGGUGGCCAGGACAGACUCUGCUUCAUGAGGAAGUUCCUGAAAGCUCUCUGCUUUCUCCAAAACUCGGCACUCCUAUAAAGCUUCUAGGUCGUGAUGAUGUUGGCAUUGAUUGGUAUGUACUUGAAAAGUCCAAGAGCGUGAAGGCGUUUCGUUGUGGAGAGUAUGAUGCUCACAUUGAGAAAGCAAAGGCUUCUGCCGCUGCAGCGAGGGCUAGUAGUAAGAAGACUGUCAAAUGUACUCGCCGAGAGAAUGCCAUUAUAAGUGCCUUAGAGAUUGAGAAUGCUCAUCUUGCAAAAGAAGACCAUCCAGACAAUAAUUUGUGUAGUGAGGAGGAAGAUGAUGAGGUUACAGAAUCUGAAGAUAGAGGAGAAGCUGAAGAUGAACUUGACUCAGCGCCAGAGCUAUUACAAUCUAGUAUGUCUUCCCAAAAUGUUGGAACUUUGGUGAAGGUGGAGCCAAAGAGAAGAAGAACACCGAAUGACUCAGAAGAUGAUGGGACUGAAGGAACCAAGCGAAUGAGAGGGCUUGAGGACAUUGGAAAAGAACAUGUGGGUGCUACUGUCUUGCAUAGGCAAGAAAUGGGUUCUAUCUGUAGUGUAAACCUCAGUAAUAGCUAUAUUGCUUCCAAUGGGUACAAGGCAUGCUCACCGUUGUCACUGAAAAGAAAAAGGUCCCAAGUCACUAACGCUAGUGAGUGCUCUAAAAGGAAAAACCGAAGCCGGCAACUGACAAAGGUGUUAGAGUGUACAGCUAUGGUCUGUGUCCCUGGUACCUCUGACCAGCUUGUCACAUCUGGAUUGGAGCCUGUUGAAUCCAUGAAGAGUGUAUCUGUUGUAAUCAACAAUAACUCAGAUAGCACUGGGGUCUCAUGCGAGAAUGCUCCUGAGCAUGUUGUUGGAGACUCACAUAACAACAAGGCAAAAGACAGUGAAACUUCCAGCGUAUCAGUUUCAGCGGAAGACGACCCUUCUGUGCAGUUAUAUGAUGUUCCAUUAACUGAAGGAGAAGCAAAACACUCUGCAGGUUUUCCAGCAGCUUGCACCAUUUCCUCAUCAAGGGCAGCUCUUGUUUCCGCCUUGACAAGGCGGUGUAGUCAUGAUGUGUUUGUUAAGAAAGAGGCAAGAAAUGGAUCAGCUUGUGCAAAUCCACCAGAUACACAACUUGUCAUUUGGAACUCGAACGGGAUUGAGAAGAGCGCCUGUAAGUGGCAGCUAAAAGGAAAGAGGAACUCAAGGCAGAUGAGUAAGAAACAAGAAGCGAGAAGAAGUGUGUACAGCGAGGAAGCUAAUAAUAACAGGCCACUGCUUCUUCCUGCGCUGUUCGAAGUGAAGAUUGAAGUAAGAGCUAGCUGUAACAAACCACGUGUUCCAUUGGUUUCUCGUAUGAGUAAACUGAACGGUAAAGCUAUUGUUGGGCAUCCUGUAAGUGUUGAAGCCUUGGAAGAGGGAUACUACAACGGUGGUGUGGUGAAGUCUCAAGCUGUUGUGAAGGCAAAGUCAUUGUCUGAAAAGAAAUGCAAGAAGAGGAAAACAAAUGGUGCUUUUGGAAAGUCAUCGAAGUCAAAGAAGAAAUCGUCUUCCUUAUCGGUAAAGACAAGAAGGCUCUCUACUCUGACAGAAAGAAGCAAGAAGCAGACAAUAGAAAAGCUAAAGGAAACGGUUGUGGCUUGUAUACCGUUGAAAGUAGUGUUUAGUAGGAUAAACCAAGUGUUGAAAGGCUCAGCAAGACAAACACAACAUCGAGCAUUGCCAUCUGCUGUCAAAACAUGAGAGAGAUGUGGCUUUUACUUCUUCUUUUUUCUGUUUGUUUUCCCUUUCAUAGAUCUGUAAUAGGCUGCUUUAGGAGUGAAGCCAUCACUGAUGGGUUUUGCUGUUUUGGGUACACAAAGACUGAGACUUUUGAGUCAUGCAGUGAGAGUCAAAACAUGGGCAAAUGUACAUAUAGCAGUAGUUAGUGGUUGAGAUGUAAAACUGAGAGAUUUAGAGGUUGGAGAGAUUAGUGAAAUUACUGCUUAGAGAGAAUUUGCUUGUUUCAGUUUAUUAACUCAACAUUGUUUGUUUUUGAACUCUCAAGUUCUUGUCAGUGAUGCAGAAAGUCUUCUCUUUA